AUGCCGGUGCCGUUCUUCCCUGCCAGCAAACACCUCACUAUCGAACUGGCUGAGCCGGUAACAAUUUUGAGAGGACCACCCACUGAUCCAGCUACUCAUGUUCUCCGAGGAGAAGUUGAAUUGGUUCUAUCAAAACCUAUACAUGCCUGUGAUGUGAUAGUCCAAUUAGUAGGUAGAUCUUAUAUGCUGUGGCCAGAAGGUCUCGGGUCGCGCGGAAAGGUGUAUCAUGAAAAAACUAUUCAUGAGCAAAACCUUAUUCUCCAGACAUUACCAGAAGAUCAAUCGGUCAUGAUCCCGGCCGGAUUGAAUCGUUGGCCAUUCACAUUUCUCUUACCGAACACAAUGGUGGAGACGAUCGAAGAUGAAAUAGCAAAAGUAUAUUAUUAUGUUAAUGCGACAGUUCAUCGAAAUGGGCUGGGUACAAAUAUAAGAUGCAGACGCAACAUCAUGCUCCUCCGUACAUUGACAUCCUCAGAUGCAUCCCUCAUUUCGUACGCUCUACCAAGUCCUUCGAUUGUAGUAGAUCGUAAAUUUGAUGCCUGUGACGCCACAAUUUGUAUCGAUAAAGCGAUAGCUUCAUCUGGAACACAGUUUCCUAUUUCAGUUAUACUUGCACCUCAUCUUAAACAUGUUCACCUAGAAUCAAUAGCAAUUGUCCUAACUGAAAGAAGAGUCUAUCAACUACCGGAGUUCAAUGCAUAUCGCAAAGAAUCCCACGAUUACAAACUCCAAUUGACGUCUGUGACCAACCUAGAGGACCCUUCUUUGGCAUUGAAUGGGCUUGUACCAUGUUCCGACGUACCACUGACACACCUUAGAAGAGCACUUGCGGCCAAGAAUGCUCACAUCCCGCUCUCAAAUCCCUUCCAACAUCGCUUUAUUUUUACCUUGCCAAACUGCCUCACACUUAACCACACUACCUUUUUUUCUCAGAUGAAGUUUAAUCACAACCUUCGGAUUCAUAUCGAACUUUCCGUCCCAGAUUCUUCUGAAAGGGUCCAGAUACACCUCGAUACACCCAUCACAAUCUUAGACUGUCGCUUAAAGGAAGAGUUUGCGACAUUGCCUACCUACAAAGAAGCAUUGAGCGACCCCAUGGUCGAUGCCCAGAACACAUUAGAAAAGCCGGGGUUUUUUCUUUGUCCGUGUUACCUUGAUUUUAAGAAGAAGAGUCGACAGGCAGGAAGGCAAGAAUGGAUGAUGGUUCGCCAAAAUGGUGGAGCACCUAUGCAACCCCCUCCACCAUAUUCAUUUUCUAGAUAA